UGCCUAGCACCGCUGGGACGAAGGUGCACCAGAAUUUUUACCCCUGCGUGUCCUAUCUGGGAGCCAAACAUUGCUGAGGACAUAGCAGAGGAGCAGUGGAGGAGAUGGCAGCCGAGGCAGGGGAGCUCAAGCUGCCCUUCAUCCAUGAUGACCAGCUCACCCGGUGCAUGCGUCUGAGAGCCCAGAGCCUGCAGCAGAAAAACGCCAGGCCCCAGGAUGGUGAGAAGCUGCUGCAUCCCAACGAGCACAUCUACAGGGUGGAUUUCAUCCGGCAGCACAACCUGCGCUUCCUGCGCUGGGACAUCCAACUGGAGAGAUCUGGGAAGGUGAUGGUGACCGGCACCUCCCAGCACUGGACUCCUGAUCUCACCCACCUGAUGAACCGGCAGCUGCUGGAACCAGUGGGCAUCUUCUGGAAGAAACCAGGGGCCAAGGAGGUGGAGUGCAAUGAAGCAGAUGCCCAAGAAUUUGGGGAGCGGCUCGUGGAGUUAGCCAAGAUCCGCAAGGUGAUGUAUUUCCUCCUUGCUUUCACCGAUGGCCUUGAACCUGCUCAGCUGAAGGGUUCCAUCGUUUUUAAGGCCUGAUUUCCUCCUGCUCUGUCCUUCUUGCUCAGCUGUGCUUUGUCUUCGUUUUUCUUUCUUUUGUUCAGUUCUCAGUUGUUUCUACGUGGCUCUUCAUUGAAGGAUGGCAUAACAAAAUGGUGGAGAACACCUUGGCACUUCUGGAGCUCCUCACCCCUGAAGAACAUUCCCUUAACAUGCUUUCCUCAAUCUGAAUGGAAGGGAAGAGGGGAGGAUGAGCCAUGGGUGCUUGCUGCUUUAUUUGCCUAGAGUAUAAUUCUGCUUGCUUGUGAGUUCAGGAAUUCACCAGGCCUGGCUGGCACAGUCUUGCUGGCUUGGAAAUGUUUGACUGCUCUUACCCUUCCAACCAUGGCAUGCCUGAUGGAAAAACAAAUUGCCGUGCUGCAAACAGGAUAGGCAUCCUGGAGAGAGUGCUGCUUUCCAGUUUCCAUCCCAACCAUCCAGAAUGGGAGGCUUGUUUGAGAUGGAUCCUUGCAAGGAUGCUGAGCGCUUGCAACUUACUGUGACUCCUAUGUGACUGUGACUGUGACUGUGACUGCUCCAUGUCUCUGAAGACCAGACCUAUGGAAGCUCACCUUACCAUGAAGCUGAAGGACCUUCAGACAUGUUGUGUUCAGCAGAUUGCAAACUCAUUGGACAAAAAAAUAGGAGGGUGGACCUUGCUUUUCCUGACAGCUUUCACUGUUUAACACUGGGGGUCAAUGUGGGGAGGUGUGCUCAAGCAUGUUGCCUUCCUCUUGCUGCCUGUAUUUCUGUUACUGAGAUGGGUUGGAGCAGGCAUGUGUUUGUGUGCAGAGCCAGCAGCUCAGAGCAGGCUGUAGGUCUAAGCCAGCAGCUAGUCCCCUGCAGCAAAAGCAAUCUGUGCAUGAUUAUGGCCUUAAAACAUCUUCAUGGCCAAGAUGGGGCAUUGAGCAACCUGGUCUAAUGGAAGGUGUCCCUUUCCAUGACAGGGUGGUUGGAACUAGAUGAUCUCUAAGGUCCUUUCCAACCCAAACCAUUCUUUGAUUCUGUGAUCUAUAGAGAGCGCUUCGCAGACCACAUCCAGGAUGUUUUGUUCCUGUCUCAUCUAUUGAUAGUGGAUAAACUGCUAACUUUGGACAUCCUCUUUUCCUCCUCCAGAAGGUACUUUAGUGACACUUCUUGAGAGUCAAGGGUGGAAAUGUCCUUUGAAAAGGUAUUUUUAUGAUUGUUUGCACCCAAAUGAUGGUGUGCAUUCCUCAAAGUAUGGACUGAGGUUUUCCUGAGGUGUAUAAGGAGGGGGCAAUGAUGGGAAACCAGCAUGAGAUGGCAUGAUACCCAUGGCCUACUGAUUGUGUAGAUCAUCCCCAAAAGAGUCCAGCUUCUUCUCCAGAUCCCAUGGAAGUCCUGGACACCAUGCCCUCUCUAGCCCAGUGACAGUGUAUAACAUGAUAUGCACAAGUUGUGUUAGAGAGAAAGGAAAAGUCAAACAGAGAUGGAGAGAAGUUGGGAAAUUUGAGUCUUGCCUGCAGCCAAAGUUCAUCAACCACAUAUGGCCAUGCCAUGGACACUGCUGGAGAAGUUGAUGUCAUUGCUUAUAUCCCAAGACAUGCUGUAUUCAGUGAAGAGAAAUAAGUGGGGACUCAUCCCUGCUUGGCUAUAGUAUGGACAUAUGGUGGAUCAAACCCAGUUCUAGGGUCCCAAAACAGUCUCUUUUUCUAUAGGAGAACCCUCUUCAUACAUCCCAGAACAAAGUCCCCGAGUGCAAAACAGAUCAGAUCCCAUAACUGGAGUCACUGCCAACUUCCAAAAGGGUUUUUGCUUGCCAGGUCUCAUAAUAUGUAAUUGCUACAAUGCUGUUUGCUCAGUUAGAGUUCCUGCAGCAGGUACCUUGCUUGGUAUUGACGUGCCACAGUAAAUAAAAGCCUUAUCAGCUGGUUUCCCCUUAAGGAUCAAGGCUGUCCAUAUUUUCUUGAUUCCCUGUUUGGUAGCUGCCCUAGUCCUGCAUGCAGUAAGGCAGAACCCACCAUUUUUCAAGUCAUUUCUGGUAGUUUUGAUAACCUUUUCCUCUGCAAAAAAAAAAAGUAAAUAGAACAUUUACCUUCUUCUCUCUCAGUGUGAAAUGGAGCGUUUAGUAUUUGGUUUGGUUUGGAGGGGUGUGAAGUUGGGCAGAGGAGAAACUGAUGGAGGAAUUGAUCCUCCGGUGGAUCUCACCUUUCCAUCAGAGCUGGGAGUGGGAGGUGAGUGGGGGACUCAGAUUCCUCUCUCCCAUAGGGCAGAUGAUCCAAUUCAUGCCAACCACUGAAAAUAUCCCUACAGAGUUUUCGUACCCUGAAAAGGCUUUCAGAUACACCACUCCAUCCCAUCUCCUGGAGAAGUUCAGUCCUGGUUUGUUCAGCAGAUUGACACAGCAGGUUUCCCUCUUCCCCGUCCUCAGCUGGGAAGUUCCCAACAGAAUAUCUCCUGCUUGGAGGA